AUGGAUUCGUUCCGGAGGAUCAAACCGUUCGAAAUGGGGGCUGAUCGGUCGCAAUUGCCAACCGAGUGGCAGAAAUGGAAAAGAGAGCUUGAGCGUUAUUUCGAUGCAACUGGGUUAUCUUCUCAGUGGGAAAAGCGAUCGAUGCUUUUGCAUCUGGCAGGGCCCGAGAUACAGGAAAUUUUUGACCACUUGCCAGGAGUCGAUGAAAUCCCGCAAGUCUUGAUCGAUCCUCCGUAUUAUGACGUGGCAAUCCAGAAGUUGGACGAACACUUUGAACCGAUGCGCAGGAAAAAUUAUGAGAGGCAUCUGUUCAGGCAAAUACUGCAAAAGUCGGAAGAGAGGUUUGCUGAUUUUGUUCUUCGCUUACGUAUUCAGGCUAAGCGUUGUGAAUUCGACAAGUACGAUGCCAGAGAGGUUGAGGAAAGGAUUAUUGAACAAAUUGUGGAGGGAUGUAGAUCAACAGAGUUACGGCGCAAUAUCUUGGCCAAAGAUUUGAGACUAGAAGACAUCAUAACGCUUGGGACUACAUUGGCGGAUGUGCAGGAACAGAUGAAGCAUCUGGAUCGCAAUGAUGCGAAGCCGUCAAGCGGAGGAGGCAAUCAUUUUGGGGUGAAUCCAGUGUUCAAAAAGGCACCGGCAUCCAGAUGGAACACCACUGGAAUCCAACGUGAUAGAAAUCCUCACAGUUGGGUCCCGGCAGCAAAAUCGUUCAACUCAACGGACCGGAAAUGCUUUGCUUGCGGAUAUAGAGGUCAUCUGAAGGGAGAUUCUACUUGUCGGGCAAAAGGUGCCAAAUGUCUGAAGUGCGGGCAGCUGGGACAUUUUAUGAAUCGGUGCUUGAAGCGCAUCAACCAGCCGGAUAUGACAAUUGAGAAACCAAAACGAAUCCGAUUGGUUGCAGAGGAGGAAGAACCGAAGGAAGGGAACAUCUUUUUCGCUAUGGGGAAUAACUUGUUCGAAUUCAUGGUGGGUGGUGUGAAAAUCCCCAUGAUCAUAGAUUCCGGGGCGGCUGCGAAUCUUAUCGACAAAGCUACAUGGGAACGAGUUCGGAAGACAGGAAUGAAGAUUAAAGAAUAUUGGGCGAAACCGGACAAGAAUUUGCUUGCGUACGCUACGAAGGAACCGAUGGAAAUUGUGGGUAUGUUCACGGCCGAAGUCCAAGCGGGUUCGAUUAAGACGGAUGCUAAAUUCUACAUCGUCGAACACGGACAGCACUGUUUGCUGGGAGACAGCACAGCAAAGGAGCUGAAAGUGCUAAGAGUCGGAUUUGAUAUUGGAUCAGUUGGAACGGCCAAAGACGUAUUCCCAAAAAUAAAAGGAGUUCUAGUUGAGAUCCCGAUCAACAGGAAGGUUCAACCAGUGCAGCAGGCGUAUCGCCGAGCGCCAAUUCCCUUGGAAGAACGGAUUUUUGAGAAGCUGCAGUAUCUUUUGGAAAAGGACAUAAUUGAGAAAGUAGAAGGCCCAUCAGUGUGGGUGUCACCACUGGUUCCCAUUCUGAAGGAGUCGGGAGAUGUCAGGCUAUGUGUGGACAUGCGGCAAGCGAAUCGGGGUGUGCUUCGAGAACAUCAUCCGUUCCCGCUGAUCGAAGAACUGCUCGGAAGGGUAAAUGGAGCGGUGAAAUUUUCAAAGGUUGAUGUUAAGGACGCUUAUCAUCAGCUAGAAUUGUCGGAAGAUUCGCGGGUGAUCACUACGUUUAUAACGAAGUACGGCUUGUUUAGAUAUAAACGCCUAAUGUUCGGUAUUAGUUGUGCGCCUGAGAUCUUCCAGAAAGUCAUGGACACGAUUGUGGCAGGUCUGGAAGGAGUCAUUGUUUAUUUGGACGACGCGAUGGUUUUCGGUAGAACACCACACGAGCAUGACCAAAGGCUUAAGGCGUUGCUUGCUCGUUUCGAAGAAUACGGGGUCUUACUGAACAAGGAAAAGUGUUCAUUCAAUGUGGACAGCCUGGAGUUUCUUGGCCAUCGAUUAACCCCGGAAGGCAUCAAACCAACGGACAGUCGAGUUACAUCAAUAACUAAGUUUCGAGAGCCUGAGAAUGUAGGAGAGUUGAGAAGUUUUUUGGGUUUGGUGACCUAUGUUGGUCGAUUUAUACCACAUCUGGCCACCAGAACCGAUCCACUCCGAGCUUUAUUGCGGACUGGAAAUAAGUUUGUUUGGUCAGCGAAGGAACAGGCAGCGUUCGAUGAGAUCAAAGCAGCGGUUUCCGACAUCAAUAAUCUUGGGUUUUUCGAUCCUCAGGAUCUCAGUAUACUUGUCACUGAUGCUAGUCCAUCCGGACUUGGAGCGGUCUUGCUUCAAGAAGAUGCAAAAGGAGAAAGGAGAAUUAUUGCAUAUGCGAGCAAGUCUUUAUCCGAAUUGGAACGAAAAUACUUCCAGACCGAACGGGAAGCUCUUGGUCUAGUUUGGGGCGUAGAACAUUUUCGUCUCUACCUAGUUGGAACCAAGUUUAAAUUGGUGACAGACUGCAAACCCUUGCAAUUUUUGUUCAGUCGUCGUUCUAAGCCCUGUGCACGGAUAGAACGUUGGGUACUUCGGCUACAGUCUUUCGAUUACGAGGUGGUUUACGAACCUGGAAUUACUAACCUAGCGGAUGCUCUAUCGAGACUUUCACCGUCGGAACCCAAAAGCUUUGAUGACGAAGGAGAAGAAUAUAUUCAGUUGAUCAUAAAAUCGCCAGCUCCAAUAGCAGUGGCUCCAGAGGAGAUCGUCUCAGAAUCGCAAAAAGAUGAACAAAUCAAGGAGGUGAUUAAAGCGCUGAAUAACGGUAGUUGGGCGGAUUUUUCCAAGGAGUUCAAGCCGUAUGCUGCAGAGUUAUACCAGUCAGCAGGAGUAUUGCUGCGAGGUGAUCGGAUUGUCAUUCCAAAAUCGUUACGCCAACGUGUUUUGGAGCUUGGCCAUGAAGGCCAUCCCGGUAUAGUAGUUAUGAAGCGACGGUUACGGCAGAAGGUGUGGUGGCCAGGACUGGAUUCGGAAGUAGAACAACUGGUGAAACGCUGUAAGGAAUGCCUACUUGUAUCAUCAGCAGGACCUCCAGAACCACUAGUGCGAACGAAGAUGCCGGACAAGCCAUGGGUGCACAUUGCGAUAGAUUUUAUGGGGCCGCUUCCUUCAGGCCACAACCUGCUGGUUAUGGUGGACUACUUCAGUCGAUUUGUAGAGGUUGCCAUCAUGAAGGAAAUAACAGCGAAACUAACGGUACAGGCACUGCAUGAAUGCUUCUGUCGUUAUGGCAUACCAGAGUCCAUCAAAUCGGACAACGGUCCACAGUUUACGAGUGAUGUACUGCACGAGUUUUGCAAAGAAUAUGGAAUUGAACUACGGAAGACAACACCCUAUUGGCCGCAAGCGAACGGGGAAGUAGAGAGAGCCAAUCGUGCUCUAAAGAAACGGUUACAGAUAAGCCAGGAGACAGCAGGAGCCGAUUGGAAAUGGGAUCUAAGAAUGUACAUUCUUAUGUAUAAUUCUACACCCCACUCAACAACUGGAGUAGCACCAUCCUUACUGAUGUUUGGAAGAGUUUUGCGUGACAAAUUACCGGCAGUUCCACUCACGGGUUUGAAGUUAGUUGAGGACGUCCAAGAUCGGGACCGCGAAAAAAAGGAAAAGGAAGCGAAAUACGCGGAUAUACGACGACGAGCGAAACCGAACGCGCUCAAAGAGGGGGACGUAGUAUUGGCGAAGAGAAUAACGAAAGACAACAAACUCGCAACUAACUUCAGUCCGGAAGAGUUAAUCGUAUUGCAACGCAAGGGAGCGGACGUUACACUACAUUCUAACGAAACCGGAAGAACGUUCCAUCGAAACGUCUCGCAAUUGAAACGAAUGGAAGUUGGAUCAAGGGACAACCCGACAGGUUCAGAAAUCCUUGAACACAUCCCGAAGCUACAUCCAGAAACUUCAACUUCAGCAGAAUUGCCAGAUUCGUCAGCAGGUGUGACGUCGACGGGAAGACCUCGCCGUGAAAGCAAGCAACCGCAAUACUUGAGUGACUAUAGAUUGGGGACAGUUACAGACUAUCCAGAAAGGGGGGAGAUGUAG